GCCUCUUGUCCCUCGAACCAUCUCAGCUGUCAUUACACGAAUCAGUGUUAUCGGUUUGGUAUCGUGGACCACACCGUUAAUUCGUGAUUAUCGUUGCGGUUUAACAGGUUGUAAAAGUGUGUAAAAAAGUGGCUGACGGCUAAGAUGGUCAGGGCUGGCGGUAUUUUGAAAUUUGCAGCGCUCAUCUUUGCAUUUCUCCUAGCUGUCUUUCUGGCUUUUCAACUGCUAGAGAUUAACAUGGACUUCAAACUUGGCAGCAUGAUUUCAAGAUCUUUGCCAGCAAAUGAAGUCUCAAUGAAGCCAGUCAGGUACAAGUGUGGGCUGUCCAAGUCAUGUCCACCUGGACACUUCACCUUUAAGAUGGCGAGUGGAGCGGCCAGUGUGGUGGGGCCCAGAGUCUGCCUGGAGGACAAAUUAUUGAUGAGCGGCGUGAAGAACAACGUGGGGAGAGGAAUCAACAUCGCCCUGGUUAAUGGGAAAACAGGGGACGUUAUCAAGACAGCCUUUUUUGAUAUGUGGGCAGGAGAUGUGGCUCCUUUUAUUAAACUACUGAAGGAAAUUGAGGACGGGACAGUCGUCAUGAUGGCCUCAUUCGAUGAACCCUCAACAAAACUCAACGACGAAGCCAGGAAGCUCAUUUCUGAUCUGGGAAGCUCGGCUGUCAGUAAUCUGGGCUUCCGCGAUAACUGGAUCUUUGUAGGAGGGAAAGGCAUCAAGACCAAGAGUCCAUUUGAGCAGCAUAUAAAGAACAGCGCAGACACCAACAAAUUUGAGGGAUGGCCCGAGGUGUUGGAGAUGGAGGGCUGCUUGCCUAAGAGGCAGGACUGAGCAAAACUCUCGCCGUGAUGGUCGACCACCCCCGUCUCCUCUCGCUUCCCCGACACCUCAUCCUCCUGACAUUCCUGUCCUCAUGACACUUUUUUUAGCGGUUGCACUUCUUGGGGGACGGAAAAACGUAAUUUCUACAGCUCUCAAUCAAUGCUUCUUAUUCAGAUUUGUCUACCGGAAGAAAAUCACUCCAGAAGAUAUUAAAAGGACAGAGGAGCCGCGGUGAAACUCCUUCUUCUGUUUGGAUACCAUUAUGGAGAUUCAUAUCGGGGCUUGUCUGUAACUAGCCUCUGGUUAUUGGCUAACUAUCACAUUUUGUAUCUGUAAGGCCGACUGACCCAGCUGUGAUAGAGUACUGCAUUAUUGCACUGUUGCUGAUGGAAAUGGAUGUCGCAGCCCAGAUUCUUUUCAGGGGGCUAAAGUCCGAAUACCUGUCCCCUGCUUUAAUCUCAAAUCUCCUAUUCCCGGUUUUAACCCAAAAUGACUUUAUUCAUUUUGUUCCCUUCAGAGUUGCGUUUAUUUUGAGAAAAAUUAUGAUUAACAGCGUUUGAAGACACUUCCCGUCGUGAUAUUUAACCAAAUGUACCAAAUUCACUGUGAAAUGUGUAAAUAUUUGUUUAGAGGAGGAUAUGAGUUGUCAAAGAUCCUAAUUUAAUGAAUAUUGUAAUAAUAAUAAUAAUAAUAAUAUAAUUUCUUAAAAUAAAUAAUAUGGUUAGCGGUGUGUGAGUGAAUUAAAAGUGUUUUGUUAUAUCUGCCA